GGAAAAAAGGAGGAGGAAGAGGUGUCAGGACCGGGCGGCGCGGCGACCCCCCGAGGCCUAGCGGCGGCGGAGCGGAGGAUUCAAGGCUGCAGCGCGAGCUUGGGGAACGGCGGCGGCGGCGGCGGGCGGACAGACGGACUGACCGAGCCGGGCGGUGGCGGGAGCCGCGGGGGGAGCCGGAACCAUGCCGGCCGUGAGCCUCCCGCCCAAGGAGAACGCGCUCUUCAAGCGGAUCCUGAGAUGUUAUGAACAUAAACAGUAUAGAAAUGGAUUGAAGUUCUGUAAGCAAAUCCUUUCCAAUCCCAAAUUUGCAGAGCAUGGAGAAACGCUGGCUAUGAAAGGAUUAACGUUGAACUGUCUGGGAAAAAAGGAAGAAGCUUAUGAAUUGGUUCGCAGAGGUUUGAGAAAUGACUUGAAGAGUCAUGUGUGUUGGCAUGUUUAUGGCCUUCUUCAGAGGUCAGACAAGAAAUAUGAUGAAGCCAUUAAGUGCUACCGAAAUGCACUGAAAUGGGACAAGGACAAUCUUCAGAUCUUAAGAGAUCUUUCCCUACUACAGAUUCAAAUGCGAGAUCUUGAGGGUUAUAGGGAAACAAGAUACCAAUUGCUUCAGCUUCGACCUGCCCAGAGAGCAUCAUGGAUUGGUUACGCUAUUGCUUACCAUUUAUUAGAAGACUAUGAAAUGGCAGCAAAAAUUUUAGAAGAAUUUAGGAAAACACAGCAGACAUCUCCUGAUAAAGUGGAUUAUGAGUAUAGUGAACUCCUUUUAUAUCAAAAUCAAGUUCUUCGGGAAGCAGGUCUCUAUAGAGAAGCCUUGGAACAUCUUUGUACUUAUGAAAAGCAAAUUUGUGAUAAACUUGCUGUAGAAGAAACCAAAGGGGAACUUCUGUUGCAGCUGUGUCGUUUGGAAGAUGCUGCUGAUGUUUAUAGAGGAUUACAAGAACGGAACCCUGAAAACUGGGCCUAUUACAAAGGCUUAGAGAAAGCACUGAAGCCAGCUAAUAUGUUGGAACGACUAAAAAUAUAUGAGGAGGCCUGGACUAAAUAUCCCAGAGGACUGGUGCCAAGAAGGCUACCGUUAAACUUUUUAUCUGGAGAGAAGUUCAAGGAGUGUUUGGAUAGAUUCCUAAGGAUGAAUUUCAGUAAGGGUUGUCCACCUGUCUUCAAUACUUUGAGGUCGUUAUACAGAGAUAAAGAGAAGGUGGCAAUCGUAGAAGAACUAGUAGUUGGUUAUGAAACCUCUCUAAAAAGCUGUCGCUUGUUUAACCCCAAUGAUGAUGGAAAGGAGGAGCCACCAACCACAUUACUUUGGGUCCAGUACUAUUUGGCGCAACAUUAUGAUAAAAUUGGUCAGCCAUCUAUUGCUCUGGAAUAUAUAAAUACUGCUAUUGAAAGUACACCAACAUUGAUUGAACUCUUUCUUGUAAAAGCUAAAAUCUAUAAGUAUGCUGGGAAUAUUAAAGAAGCUGCCAGGUGGAUGGAUGAAGCCCAGGCCCUGGACACAGCAGACAGAUUUAUUAAUUCCAAGUGUGCAAAAUACAUGUUAAAAGCCAAUCUGAUUAAAGAGGCUGAAGAAAUGUGCUCCAAGUUUACAAUUGAAGGAACAUCAGCAGUGGAGAACCUGAAUGAAAUGCAGUGCAUGUGGUUCCAGACAGAGUGUGCCCAGGCAUACAAAGCCAUGACCAGAUUCGGUGAAGCACUUAAAAAGUGUCACGAAAUUGAGAGACAUUUUAUAGAAAUCACCGAAGACCAGUUUGAUUUUCAUACGUACUGUAUGAGGAAGAUUACCCUUAGAUCAUAUGUGGACUUAUUAAAACUAGAAGAUGUUCUUCGGCAGCAUCCAUUUUACUUCAAAGCAGCAAGAAUUGCUAUUGAGAUCUAUUUGAAGCUUCAUUACAACCCUCUUACAGAUGAGAAUAAAGGACACGAAGCUUAUACAGCAAAUAUGUCUGACAAAGAGUUAAAGAAACUACAUAAUAAACAAAGAAGAGCUCAAAAGAAAGCCCAGCUAAAAGAAGAGAAAAAAAUGCAGAAAAAGAAAAGCAGCAGAGAAAUCAGAAAAAGAAAAAAGAUGAUGAUGAUGUGGGUAUUGGAGGCCCCAAAGAAGAACUUAUCCCAGAGAAAUUGGCCAAGGUUGAAGCUCCAUUGGAAGAAGCUAUUAAGUUUUUAACAUCAUUGAAGAAUUUGGUGAAGAACAAGAUAGAAACUCAUCUUUUUGCUUUGAGAUUUACUUUAGGAAAGAAAAGUUUCUUUUGAUGCUACAAUCAGUAAAGCGGGCAUUUGCUAUUGAUUCUAGUCAUCCCUGGCUUCAUGAAUGCAUGAUUCGACUCUUUAAUUCUGUGUGUGAAAGUAAAGACUAACCUGAAACAGAUAGAAC